AUGGUCUACCGAAGUGAUUGUGAAUGUUUGCAUGUGUGCACUUGUGUGAUUCAAUAAUCUGUCAAAGUGCCAAACCAAAGUUUUGAAACUUGUUACGUGCCUUCAUAUACAAAAUGAAAAGUUUUAAAAGUGUGUUGUAAAUAAAACUUUCAGUACUAAAAAUACAAAGAUGAAUUACAAAACUUUAUUUCUAUGUUCCUUGGUGGGAGUUCUUUUAUUUAAGGAAGCAAACUGUUUGAACAAGAGAUGUAUAAAAUGCAGAUCGAGAGGUGAACUUGGCUCAUGUGGGGAUCCAUUCCCUUUUAAUGUAACAGAACCGGAAGCGGAGGUGGGCAUUCAUGUUGUAGCAUGCCCAUCUGGCUGGUGUGGAAAGUCUUUUGAGGGCAAUAUUGGUGCAUUUAAAAAUGAUGAUUAUGGUGCUGCAACAGAAAGAAUGUGUCUCCAACGUCCACCAAGCGACUAUGAAGAGAGAUGUGCGUAUACUAUGUGGAGUCACAGGAAAGUGUACAUGUGUUUUUGUAACGGAGACCUCUGUAAUUCAUCUUAUAAAAUUGUAGCUAUUCCUUCGGUAAUUUUAGUAACUAUUUCCAUACUUUUUUAUAAUUUUUUUUAUUCAUAGGUGACUUAAAUGUGUCCAAGUUAGUUUUUUAAAUGUGAUAUUUGUAAUGUAUUUGAAUCUCUAUAAUU